UUUCUGAAGAAAAAAGUGUUCUUAGUGAAGAAAAAUGUCUGAUUCUGCAGUUGCAACGUCCGCUUCUCCAGUGGCUGCCCCAUCCGCGACAGUUGAGAAAAAGGUGGCCCAAAAAAAGGCAUCUGGAUCUACCGGCACAAAGGCAAAGAAAGCCACUGCGACGCCGUCACAUCCGCCAACUCAGCAAAUGGUGGACGCUUCGAUUAAAAAUUUAAAGGAACGUGGCGGCUCAUCACUUCUGGCAAUAAAAAAAUAUAUUACUGCCACUUAUAAAUGCGACGCCCAAAAGUUAGCUCCAUUCAUCAAGAAGUACCUAAAAUCGGCCGUGGUCAAUGGAAAGCUUAUCCAAACAAAGGGAAAGGGUGCAUCUGGAUCAUUUAAACUUUCGGCCUCCGCCAAGAAGGAUAAGGAUCCGAAGGCGAAGUCGAGGGUUUUGUCUGCUGAGAAGAAAGUGGAAAGCAAGAAGGUAGCAUCCAAGAAGACUGGUGCCUCCUCCAAAAAAACGGCCGCUGGGGCUGCUGACAAAAAGCCCAAGGUUAAGAAGGCUGUGGCCACCAAAAAGACUGCCGAGAAGAAGAAAACCGAGAAGGCAAAAGCCAAGGAUGCCAAGAAAACUGGAAUCGUAAAGUCGAAGCCCGCCGCAACAAAGGCGAAAGCGACCGCAGCGAAGUCGAAGGCUGCAGCAGCCAAAGCCCCAAAGGCAAAGCCAGCGGCGUCUGCCAAACCCAAAAAGACUGCGAAGAAAGCAGCGGUUUCUGCUACUGCCAAGAAGCCGAAAGCAAAGACAACGGCUGCCAAGAAGUAAAUUGUGAAAAAGUACAGUAGUGGGUACAUGUUCGCAAUCAAAAUUUUGGAUUUCAAGAUCUGAAAUUUGUCUAAAUAAGCCCUUUUCA